GCCAGUCCCCUGCCGCAGAUCCGCGCCGAGGCGCGCGACGGCCGCGCGAGGGCGCAUGGGGCUGCCGCCCCUGCGGACCCCGGCCUGGGCGCGCCCCGGGAGGCCGGGUGGGAGGGGCUGCCCGGCUCCCCCCGCCCCUCCCCGCGGGCCCCGCCGCUUCCGCUCGUCCUGGGGCCGCCCGGGGAGUCAGGACGUGCCGCCCGGGCUCUACGUAGCCGGCCACCCUGGUGGGGCCCACGCCCUCCGCACAUGAGGUCACGCAUUGACAGCUGGACUGGGGCCAGGUCACCCCCUCUCCUGAUCCCGCAAUCCCGGGGCUCCCUGCUGCGGGGGGCCUGGGGGCUGAGGUGGUCCCGCAGGUCCAGGUGCAGCCUGGGGGGCUUCAGCCAGGGGCUCGGCCCCUGACCCCGCCCCCACCUCCUGCACCUUCUGGAAAGUCCCUCCUAGAGCCCUGGACUGGGUCCAGCUGGUCCCCAUUGCACAGAUGAGGAAACUGAGGCCGGGAGACAAGAACAGAGGCCCAGAGACGUUAGAUUACUGCCCCAAAUCACACAGCCAGUUGGGACAGAGCUGGGGCGCAGAUCCUGGCCCGCUGGCGCCCCCACUGCAGCGCCCCCUCCAGAACCUCCUUCUGCUCUGGACUCUCCUGAACUGUGGUCUAGGGGGCAGUGCUCAGGGUCCCAGUGAGUGGACCCCCUGGGGUUCCUGGAGUCGCUGUUCCAGCUCUUGUGGGCGGGGCCUCUCUGUGCGCAGCCGGCACUGCAUCUGGUUUCCUGGGGAGGAGUCCUGCUGGGGAGACACCCACGAGUACCGCCUCUGCCGUCUGCCGGACUGUCCCCUAGGGGCCAUUCCCUUCCGAGACCUCCAAUGUGCCCUCUACAAUGGCCACCCUGUCCUGGGCACCCAGAAGACUUACCAGUGGGUGCCCUUCUAUGGUGCGCCCAACCAGUGCGACCUCAACUGCCUGGCCGAGGGGCACGCCUUCUACCACAGCUUCGGCCGCGUCCUGGACGGCACCCCCUGCAGCCCGGGCGCCCAGGGGCUCUGCGUGGCCGGCCGCUGCCUCAGCGCCGGCUGUGACGGUUUGCUGGGCUCGGACGCCCACGAAGACCACUGCGGCCGCUGCGGCGGCGCCAACGAGUCCUGUAUGUUGGUGCAGCGCGUGUUCCGAGACUCGGGUGCCUUCGCCGGGUACUGGAACGUGACCCUGAUCCCCGAGGGCGCCAGACACAUCCGCGUCACCCACCGGAGCCGCAACCACCUGGCGCUGCUAGGGGGCGACGGGCGCUACCUGCUCAACGGGAACUGGGCGGUCAGCCCACCCGGGACCUACGAGGCGGCGGGCACCCGUGUGGUCUACACCCGCGCUCCAGGGCCAGAGGAGAAGCUGCACGCGGCUGGGCCCACCUCCGAAGACCUGCUCCUGCAGGUCCUCCUGCAGGAGCCCAACCCCGGCAUCGAGUUCGAGUUCUGGCUCCCUCGGGAGCGCUACGGCCCCUUCCAGGUGCAGGCGCAGGCGCAGGCGCAGGCCCUGGGCUGGUCCCUGCGGCAGCAGCAGCCGCGGCAGGUGGAAGCGCAGCCCCCUGAACUGCCCGCAGCCCCAGCUACCACUGUCCCACGGAUCCCGACCCCCACCCCAGACGCCUGCGAACCCUGCCCGGACACUCGAGGUCGUGCGCACCGGCUGCUCCAUUAUUGCGGCAGUGACUUUGUGUUCAGGGCCCGAGUGCUGAGCCGCCUCCACCAGGCCCAGGAGACGCGCUAUGAGGUUCGGGUGCAGCUCAUCUAUAAGAACCGCUCGCCACUGCGGGCCCUCGAGUACGUGUGGGCCCCGGGUCGCUGCCCCUGCCCACGGCUGGACCUCCGCCGCGAGUACCUGCUGGCCGCCCAGCGCCUCAUCAGCCCUGAUGGCACUCAGGACCGGCUACUGCUGCCCCACGCUGGCUAUGCCCGGAUCUGGAGCCCCGCCGAGGACAGCCGUGUGCGCCUGGCCUCCCGGCGCUGCCCCGUCUGAGCCCUGGGACCGGGGCCUGCCGUGUGCAGCGAGAAAGACAGGCCCGACCAGGCUCAGACUCAGCGUAUCUCCCCUCUUGGCCCGGCUUAGAAACCUCUCCCACCCACAGCUCUGUGACACCCCGUCACACAUGCACAGAUGUCCCUGCAUGUGGUGAGAUCCACUGCCGGGAGCAGGAGGCUCUGGUGAGGACAACUAGACUCUUAUUUCCUCUCUCACUCUGGCUGCUGGGAAACUCAGAGAUAUUUUACACUUGGAAA